CUUUGACUGUUUAAAUUCCCGACGUUACCUGAAUGCAGCAUCAGAACGGCUUGCUUGUCUCGGAAAGGAGAUGGCCGACUGAGAGGAGGAGACCUUUCGUUGGAAAGCUUCAUUUUCUGUGAUAUAUUUUCAUAGCAGAAGUCAGAGGGGAAAGCUUUACACAUUUGGUUUCUCUUCCACAAUGGCAGAACAAAACAGUAACGUCAGAUAUCAGGAGCUGGUGAAUGAGGAGGAGCCAGCCCAGCCUUCCCAGGUGAGCUGUGCUCAGGACGCACCUCCACCCUACAGCAGCGUCACUGCAGCGAAUGCAGCUUUUUUUGAGUACAAGGAAGACGGAGGAAGAUUUCCCAACCCUCCGUCUUACAACGUCGCCACCACCUUGCCCUCCUACGAUGAAGCUGAGAGAAGCAAGGCAGAGGCUGCCGUCCCUCUGGUUCCUGGAAGAGUCUCGGAUGAAGACUUUGUGGCCAGAGAUGACUUUGAGGAUGCGGACCAGCUGCGAAUAGGGAAUGACGGCAUCUUCAUGCUCACGUUCUUCAUGGCAUUCCUGUUCAACUGGAUUGGCUUCUUUUUGUCGUUCUGCUUGACCACAUCAGCUGCUGGUCGAUAUGGAGCCAUCUCCGGCUUCGGUCUGUCUCUCAUCAAAUGGGUCCUGAUCGUCAGGUUUUCCACCUAUUUCCCCGGUUACUUUGAUGGACAGUACUGGUUGUGGUGGGUGUUCCUGGCUCUGGGUUUCAUGCUUUUCAUCAGAGGCUUUGUAAACUACUCCAGAGUGCGCAAGUUGGUCGAUCCCACUUAUGCCAACCUUCCCAGAACAAGAGUACUUUUCAUCUAUUAGAGGGAGUGAAAGAACGAGGGGGGCACAGUAGAAGUGUUUGAAAUUCCCAUGAAGAAUCCAGAAAUCAACCUGAGAGUUGGAGAUGAAGACGACUCCAGACGGUGACAUAUUCAGGAAUUCUGUCACUUGAUUUCUUUUGAUUUAAUGAAUAAUGGUUACCAGUAAUAGUCCCAUAAUAUAGUCAUUAGUGACAAAUGUUAAGUGCUUUUUACAUCAGUCUGUAAUGUAUGAGUAAUGCCUUAUAUCGUUUGAUGGUAGCAUACGAGCAUGCUUCUGCCCGCCAGGUCCAUAACUUGGAGGAAUAUCGUGUCGGCGACGCUCAAAGGCAGCAGAGAUUACUUAGAGAGCACUGUAGAUUUGCCUCAGCAUGCAGCUCACUCUGUUAUAUUCACUAAUCUCACCUGAUGGUUCUGAUAGACACCAAAAAUACAAGCUGUCUGUGCUGUAGACGUGGUAUUUCAACCACCUGUCGGCUCUUAGCCGCCUCCAGGGGGCAGCGUUGUCUGCAGAUUCCUACUGAUAAUUAGGCUCAUUUUUAUUUCAUGCAAACAGUCAAAUAAACAUGCAGUUCUAAGAGCGGCAGUUAAAUACAAACCAAAACGAGCUCUUUGUCUGAUUCUCUUGUUGCUGCUGUUUUGUAAAUCAGGUAAGUCGCCCUUACUUAGAAAUAGUUUUGAAGUUACUGAGAUGCUCUCAAUCAGAAGAACUAAAUUAUAGCAACCACCUUUCUGAGAAAAUGAGCUGAUUUUCUGAUCGCCCUUGUUGAGUCAGCAAAUGUCUAUGCUGUUGGAUAAGCUUAGCGAUUAUCUGCUGUCUGGACUUUUGGCCGUUGGUGAUCUUCUAACAGCUGGAUCAGAUUACUCGAGUGUAAAAGUAACUUAAAUUCCUCCUCCAGGUGGGAUUUUGCAUGAAGAUUUAAUUGGUAUUUGGAGAAUUUAUUAUUUCUGCAAACAGUAAAACCUUUGUUCUGCGUUAGGAGUUUGGGAUCAGUUAUCUCAAAGAACGUUGCAGCUGCACUUUUAGAAACAGAACCAUGAUGAUAUGAAAUCACACUGGUGAACUGAUGACUAAGCUUCAUACUUCUGCCAUGGCUUUAAUUACAAACUGAUGAUGCUUGUUUCUGUGUGACGUAGAACUGAAACUUUGGGGUUUUGUUGUUAUGUAACUGUACAGAAAAUGUUUAGUGUUAAAUAAAUGUCACUUUCAAUGCA